GGCAUUUGUUUUUAAAAAAUUUCAAAUGAUAUUUUUAUGAAGAAGAAUGGAUUCUGCUCCGAAAAAAGCUUUCUCUGAUGGGUUGUCGUGGAACUCCAUGCUUCUUUUCGGGUAGGGCAAUUAUUUGUGUUUGACAAGUUCUUUUUUUGUAUAUUUAAAAAUUCGCGCAAUUCUCUAAUCCAAUAUGGCGGCCCAAAAUUAAAUAACUAAAAUAGCGGUGUGUGUUUGUAUCCAAUAUGUUCUGAUUAUUUUUAAGGUCGGACUAGAAGUCGUGUCUUAACCUUAACCCAACAUUUUUAAAUCAAUAUUAUGUAUGAUAUAGGUUGAACAACUUGUAUUAAAAAAUAAUGCUCUGCACAGUUUAUAGGGGGAGCAUUCAUACUCAACUUGCCACGAGAAACGUCAAUUUGAUGUUUGUGGGUUAUUUUCUUUGGCGUUUUGCCUGUGGCAACCUGACACUUUUGAGUAUUAUAAAAGUACAAUAUAAAAUUCUUUUGUAUAAUAUAAAAUUCUAUUUGUAAUACGUACUUUAAAAGCACAAACCUGUUACCUGUACAAUAUUUUCCCUAGUCAAGGAAAAUAUACAAAACAAACAAACUUUCUUACUUUGCCAGACGGUAAAUCAAGGCUUUAGACUUAUUUGUUAUGUUUGUUAAUACAAGUAUUUUCGAGUAUUCACACUUGUUUUUAUCUUGCCACGGACUGACGUUUCUAACGUCAAAUUGACAUUUUUUGUGGCAAGUUGAGUAUGGAUGCUCCUCCUUACAUUCAGCAAAUAAUUUAUCUGGUCCGAGUUCAUUAUAGAUUUUUCGGGACACGAGUUUACGGCGUUCCAAAAAUUUUGUUUAUUACUUUUGAGUUUUGAUUUGUAUGGAAUUUCUGCUGCAAUAUACAGUAAAAUUCUUUUCACUGCAGCGGAAAUUUGCAAAAUAAUAUCGACCAUUAUCCAGUUAAUUUGCCCCCUGAUUUGUGAACUGGACUUUAAUUGAGCUAUAAAGCCAGAGCUGAAAAACUGGAGUUUGCACAGCUCGGCUCAGACAACUCCCACAAACGAACAAGGUACCGUACCAAUGUGUUGUUACUUGAUAUAUUAUUCAUCUAGGGGAGGGUGCUGCCACUCAAUGGUACUAGUAAACUAGAAAAAUCCUUACAAAUUGGCAUAAUAUUUAACAGGUCUACAACACGUCAAAAACCAAUUCACCAACAUCAAAUUAUUUUUUAUUGUAUUUUUUUAUUAACCCAUUGAGCGCCCUUCCUUUUUUUUACUUGUCUAACGCCAGACGAUUUUACUUGUCAAUGGGAAAGCUCUGCAGCUUAAUGGGUUAACCAAAAAAUCUGAAAUGUCUUUGUUAACCCAUAAUUUGAGCCGCAAUGUGGCUCCAGUGCGCCCUACUUAUUUUUUACCUGACAAUAACGCCAGAUGAUUUUACUUGUCAAUGGGGAAGCUCUGCAGCUUAAUGGGUUAAAUUAAGAUCAACUUUACAAUAAACAUGAUCGAAGAGUUACAUAUACAAACCCUGUCGUCAAACAAACCCUACAGUAGCUACCAUAUGUCAGUUUGGUUUGAGUAUAGCGCGCAUCUGGAAAAAAAACACAGUUGAACAUGAGUUCAACACAACAUGUGUUAAUUAUAUUAAUUAUAUUAACCCAUUAAGAGUAAUUCCAAUGCCAUUUCAACACAAAAAAAACUGAUUUGACACCCACCGUCUCCAAAUUUCUUUAUAAUUCGCAGGCAGUUAACAUUGUGUGGGAAUAGUUUAAGUUCAAAAUUUGAGCAUCGUAGCUGCAAUAGUUUUUGAGAUAUUGCAAUUCGAAAUAUGGCCUGAAAAGCAAAAAAGUGGGUGUGGCCAGUGCUAAAUUCUCCUUUACCCUAUUUUACAUUUUGACCUGUAACUUCAUACCCGUACAUGGUAUAUCCAUCAAAAUUUGCACAAAGAUGUAUUUGUAUGUGGAGAUUUCAAAUAUUGCACUUUCAUCUUUGUAUCUGCAACCAGUAAUGUGUUAUUGGACAGCAAAAAGUCUAAUUAUGUGUUUCUGAAGACACAAAAUAUACAUCAUCUUUAUUGGAAAAAUUUUUAUGGAAGCCAUACAGACACAUCAGUAAUUUUUAUUCCACAUCAUAUCCACAUGCUAUUCUACUUUCAUGCAAAAUUUGGUGAUGGUUAGUUGCCUGCUUUAAAAAGUAGAGCCCUUUAAAGUUGUCGUAUUUUCUAAAUAACUUUAAUUGUACGUUUUGGGUGUUUGUUAAGAGUAAAAUACAUUCAUUGAGAAAUGAGACUGCCAAAUAGCUUAAUGUUUCAUUCGAUCCGUCUUUAUGGAUAGUGCAUAUUUAAAAUUUGUUUUAAAAGUUUAAAAAUUACAUAUUUAUUAAUAGUACAUGCACAAAAAGAAUAUCAAUGGAUCAAAAGUAUGCACUACAAUUUAUUUCUUAUGAUCUUAUCUACCCCUUCUCGUGAACCAAUUGUACUUUCAGUGAACUCUUUUAUUGUAUGCUUGUAAGAUGAUGAAAAAUGGCUUGAUUUGAUUGAAGAAGUUGACAAUGAUCAAAGAAAUGCAAACGUUAAUAAGGUUUAUGCAGCCAAAGUGCAUCGCAAGAUCAUAUUUCUGGCCAGUAAGAGGAUACUUGUUAGCGAUUGACCGAUAAUUGCGUCGUGUACUCGUGUCAGCCAUACGUUUCAACAGAAACUCUUAAACAUCUUUAUCGAGCUUUAGUCCAACCACACUUUGAUUACUGCUCGAUGAUUUGGGGUAACUGUGGCGAAUCUUUAAGAGGCAAUCUUCAGAAACUCCAUAGAUAUUAGAAACUAGAUUGGAAAACGUUAGGUGAAAGAAGGACGGGGCAACAACUAAAAUAUGUAUCAAAAGCACUUACAUGCCAAUUUCACGAUAACAUUUCGGACAUGUUUAAACUAUAUAAUUCAGAUCGAUAUGAAUUAAAAAAUAACAAAAAUAAGUUGAUGUUGUUGAAGCCAAAAACAAAUUCAAUGAAACGAACCUUCGGUUAUGUUGCCGCUAAAGUUUGGAAUGAAAGAAAUAAAAUUUUUAUAUAAUUUUAUCUGGGUGGGGUUGAAGUGAAUAAUAAACUUUGAAUGGCUUUCUAAUAUUAUUUAUUUAUUUAUUUAUUGUGCUGCGCUUCCAAACAUCAUACAAUAAUUGCAUUAAAGAAGCUGGGACACCACAACAGCUUAACACCAAUUACAGUGGGCCCUUUACAAAAUAUCAAUAUAAAUAUAGAAAACAGAAACAAUUAACAAUUUUUCGCCGAAGGCUAGGUGAUUAUCGGUGAGUAGGGACAGGGACAAAGUCGAAGUUUUCAUUUAACAAUAACCACCGAGCCUGAGGCGAAUAAUUGUUUUAGUUCAAUUUCAUAGGUGAUUAUUUGGGCAAAAAAAUAAAAAUACAUAUUUCGUCGUCAUUUAAUAGUCAAAACGGCUUCGGCCGAUUUGGGUGGUUCGGGAGGGUGGAUGCAUGGGAAUCUCUUAUACUGUCUGUAAGUGCACGGCCUAGUGAAAAGUAACGACAACCGUGCUAAUAUUUUUUUAGUUGAUUAGCUACCGUGUUACAAGAUGUUUUUAAUAAAAAAGUAAAUAAAAAAUUAUAAUCAGAAUCGGACCGAUUUCUGCUUAUUGUAUUUUCCGAUUGUGUAAAACCGAUUGUUGAGAAAAUACGCACUUAUGUAAAAAUCAUAUAUAUUGCGCGGUGAUACACGUUGAAAUGCACUUUUUAUGUGAAAACAACAACUGUUUAAUCUCUUGCGCGAACGGUAGCGUGUUGCAUAGUAGGUGUGGAGCAAACCGUUGCCGCGACGAAGUAAUACGUGAAGCGUGUCAUUUAUGUACAGGUUUAACCAACUUUGGUUGCUACUAGUAACAUGUUACGUUGGAAAUUAUCAUUAAAUUCUCGAAAUGGAUUAUGACGUCAUGGAUAAUCAGAAUCGGGUAGAUUAUUGGAUGAAUAAUUGAUAAUAAUCGGUCAAUCACUAAUACUUGUCGGGUUUCGGAUGAGAACAUUAUUUCUAACAUUGGUGUUCCAACAAUAGUCACUGGGAGGCAGUACAAACUGCAGCCUAAAGACCAAGAAGUCUUACGCACAUUCAUGGAUAAACAGUAGUGAUCUCUAUAUAUACUUCUUAAGGUAAUUUGAUACAAGAAAUAACAGUUACUCUUGGAGAACAUAAUGUACUAUUAAAAAAGAAUGAUAGAAUCAAACAUUAAGGUAUUUUGCAGUCUCAUUUCUCAAUGAAUGUAUUUUAUUCUGAACAAACAUCCAAAACGUACUAUAAAAUUAUUUAGAAAAUACGACAACUUUAAAGGGCUCUACUUUUUAAAGCAGGCAACUAACCAUCACCAAAUUUUGCUUGAAAAUAGAAUAACAUGUGGAUAUGAUGUGGAAUAAAAAUUACUGAUGUGUCUGUAUGGCUUCCAUAAAAAUUUUUCCAAUAAAGAUGAUGUAUAUUUCGUGUCUUCAGAAACACAUAAUUAGACUUUUUGCUGUGCCAUAACACAUUACUGGUUGCAGAUACAAAGAUUAAAGUGCAAUAUUUACAAAUACAUCUUUGUGCAAAUUUUGAUGGAUAUACCAUUUACGGGUAUGAAGUUACAGGUCAAAAUGUAAAAUAGGGUAAUGGUGAAUUUAGCACUGGCCACGCCCACUUUUCUGCUUUUCAGGCCAUAUUUCGAAUUGCGAUAUCUCAAAAACUAUUGCAGCUACGAUGCUCAAAUUUUGAACUUAAACUAUUCCCACACAAUGUUAACUGCCUGCGAAAUAUAAAGAAAUUUGGAGAGGGUGGGUGUCAUGCCUGUGUUGAAAUGGCAUGGAAUUACCCUUAAGCUGCAGAGCUUUCCCAUUGAUGAGUAAAAUCGUCUGGCAUUAGACAAGUAAUGGUGCACUGGGGUGCUUUGCAGCGCAAUGGGUCAACUAGAGACAUUGUCAGAUUUUUUGGUUAAUAUAUAUUUUCAUGUCAGGUAUAUCUUACUAUUUUUAUCAGGGCAUUUCUAUAUGGAUCACAUGUUGUUCUGCUAAACAUUUGUAAAGUGAAUGGCAAGAUUCCAUUUAACUCUGCUGCUGUUGUCUUCUUUACUGAAUUAACAAAGGUAUUUAUAGUCUAGAUACAGUACUCCAUUUUACAAGUACUGUAAAGUCAUUCUGCCUACACAGAGUGUAAUAAAUAUUAAAAUGGGGUACAUCGGAGCUUUGGUCAUGAUUCAAGAUCCAAAUGCAAGAUCUACAGCAGCAAGGCACUAGUCUGUAGUCUUGCUUGACAGUUGCAGAAUUAUGUUAUUAUCUCGACAUUCUGUCUCUUUUUUGAAUAGGUUAGCCCAUAGACAUUCCUUUGUUUAAAUGUCUAUUAAUGCAUGGUUAGAUUCACCAUGUUGAAAUUACCAUUAUUGGUAAUGAUAUUAAAUUUCCCAAAUUAAACCAUCAGUGAUUUAGACAGAGUAAACUAAUAAAGUAGGGCACAUUGGGAUGCUUAAUGCAACUUUAGUUAAAUGGGUUAAUGAUAAUUUUAAUUUUUUUCUGUGUUUGUAAUUGCAUUUCCAAAUUUAAAAAAUGGAUUCAGAUAAGGAAAUUGGCACCCAAUGUGCCAAGGUUAGUGUUGGUAUAAACAUACAGGGCUGAUCAAUACUUUCCUGGGGGCUGGAAGUUGAAAGUUUGCCCAAUUUUUUAUGGUGGAUUGUAAUGAAAUAAGUAAACCCAAUUUUUCAUAGAGGAUUGUAAUGAAAUAUUAACCCGAAUUUUCAUGGAGGAUUGUAGUGAAAUAACAUGAAUUUAACAUAUUUCCUGAUAAAUCUGCCUGAAUAUUAUUUUUCCCAAAUUUCCAUGGUUUUCUAAAGUUGGGGGGUGCGGGGAGUUUGUGGGCAGGGCAGUUCAAAUCCCAAGUUUUGGAUCAUUUUGACUCUUGAAUAUACAUACAGUGCAGAUUAGUCAGCUUGAUGAGUUAAUUGCCAACUUUAAUUUCAAUUAUUUCAGCUAUUGCUAGCAGUUUUGAUGUUACUGCCAGAGUUUAGAAAAGACAGCAAACCCAUCCUCAUGGUGCCCACUCCCAAGCAAUUCAUGAUGUUCUCUGUUCCUGCGAUAUUGUACACAGUCAAUAACAAUCUUGUUGUUCACAUCCAGGCAUAUGUUGACCCUGCUAGUUUCCAGGUAAGAUUUUAUUUUGAAAACUAGUUUAAUUUAUGCUUGUGUGAUGUUACUCUGAGUGUAUAUCCACACCAGGCAGGCUUGAAAAAUAUGCCUGGCCACGAUGGGAUACGAACCUACAAGGCUACGACCUUUGGAAUACUAGCCCAAUGCUCUACCAAAUGAGCUACGCGGUCAGGACGGUUCGAGUAUGCGAUAUUUCCGAACUGAGUCUAGUUCCUUCGAUAUCAGUGUAAUCUAAUAAUCAUGAUGUUUGUGUUGUGUUGGUGACACUGUAGAGUAGAACAAAAUUUGUUGCCUCAGGCUCAAGCAGGAUUCAAACUUGCAUGUUUGGCUCAGCAGUCCAUGUAGGUCUUAAUUUAGCUGUCAAAACAUUCCUUUCAUGUACCAUUGCAAACAAAAAUGGUCAUAAUGAUGUUUUCAUAAUGGAAACCGUGAUGAUAUUAGGAUUGCGAUUAAAGAGACUGUCAAGUGCUCAUGCAUGUGUUUUGUUUAUAUUUUUAUUUCAAACGAUAGAUAAUUACAAAAAAAUGUAAACAAAACACACGCAUGAGCACAACGGACUUGACAGCCUCUUUAACAUUUCUAUAGUGCAAGUUUACAUGUGCAUGGAUAUGAUCAAAUACUUUACUGCAUGCACAUCGAGUAUUACGCUUACCUACAGUAAGACCUAGAUUAUUUUAUCUUUAUGACAAAUGUGAUAUCAUAUUACUUUCUUACAGAGACAGAUUUUCGUAUUUUCAUUCGGGGGGGGGUAAAUAUCUGGGGGGUGCUGCUGCUUGCUUUGGCCUAGAAAACACCUUUUGUUGAACGGGUGUUGCCCAGAAAGACCAAGGAAAAUGUUCAACAAAAUUUGUUUUCUAGGCCUGCAUGGCGAAAUCUGAGACCAUAAUAUUGGUAAUUUUACAAAUUUAGUAGUAGGAAUAAUCAAAUAUGAAACUAUCAAAUCAAAAUAUAUAUAAUUUGCGGGGGUGCAAAAACUUUUGGGGGCGGUUACAAAUGCCUCGGGGGGGGGGGGUGCAAAUCAUUUCUGGGUGGUGCACGCCCCCCAGAAAAUCCGUGCCUGCUUUCUUAACUGUGUUUAUCCUAACCCACCCUGUCAACUUUCCCUGUGGAGGAAACAGGAGCAUCUGGGGAAAACCCACGACUUUCGGCAGAGCGUUGACUCUUUUCACAUGAGUCCGUAGCGAGAAUCAUAUUUCCAUGAUUACUGUAAAUUGUUGACUUAAAUAGUUUUUAAUUCUUUUUUAAGGUGCUAAGUAAUCUGAAAAUUGUUAUUACGGUGAUUUUGUACAGAAUUAUAUUAAAAAGGUAAAUUGUUCAACUGAAUGUAAUGCUAUGUAUAUUUUAAAGAAAUUAUUAGAAAUUCCAAAAGUACAGUGACCAGGGCCGGGUUAGCCCGCGUGCAGGCCCAAGGGAACUGAUAUCAGUUCCCUUGGGCCUGCACGCGGGCUAGGGCCGGGUCUACCAUGGGAGUGCAUCCCACCAUAGUGGUGUCAGCUAGCAGCCCCCCCCCCCCAUAGCGAAGUGCAGCACCACCCUAAAAAAAUCUGCUUGACCAUACAUUUUCUGGUUUACGAAUGACGAUUAACAGCGGAACUUCUACUGUUAGCGGGUGUCGAUUUCUUGAAACGAUUCAGUUGAUUUGCGAGCUCACCAUGUAGAUUUCAAAUAUACUGUACUACACUUUAACAAACAAACUUACUGUACUGUGCUUACGAUACAAACUUUAUAAACAAAGGAUAAUGUAAAACGUAACAGAACGGCGAACAUGCAGAUUCAGCCAUCUCAAAUAAUGGUAUUGUUGGGAUAGCAGCGUUGCAGGCUGCAGAGGAGAGUGGGCAGUAAGGCUCCCUCAUGCACCACCCCAUGGAAAACCUGCACCUCUCUUGGAAGAGGAGGCUAGAUGUCUGCAUCUGCUGACUGCAGUUUUAUACCUUUUGAUCCGAUUUUGAUGUUGAUAUUUCUAGACCAAUUUCAACAAACAAGUGGAUCGCUUUUGCAUUGAUAACAAUAGCUGGUGCUUCUAACAGGUA